AUGGCCGAGAAAAAGGCGGAAGCUGCGGCAGCUGGCAUGCUCUGGGGGGGCAGGUUCACAGGUGCGAUUGAUCCUCUCAUGCAUAAGUACAAUGCCUCCAUCCAUUACGACAAGGCUCUUUACAAAGAAGAUAUCCUUGGGUCGAUUGCUUUUGCCAGAGCCAACUCAAAGGCCGGCAUCAUCAGCGACGACGAAUUUCAGGCGAUUGAGCGUGGUUUGCUUCAAGUGAUGGAAGAAUGGAAGCAGGGAACUUUCGCUAUCAUGCCGAAUGACGAAGAUAUUCACACGGCAAACGAACGUCGCUUAGGAGAGGUCAUCGGCAAGGACAUCGCGGGUAAGCUGCACACAGGUCGCAGCCGCAACGAGCAAGUUGUCUGUGAUAUGCGCAUGUGGUUACGCGAUCGGAUCCGCGAAAUCGACAGCCAACUCGUUGCAUUCCUCAAGGUCAUUAUCACACGUGCCGAGUCUGAAAUCGACUACAUCAUGCCUGGAUACACCCAUCUCCAGCGUGCUCAGCCAGUUCGAUUCUCUCAAUGGAUGAUGUCAUACGCCGCUGCGUUUAAGCAGGAUCUCGAGCGGUUGCGCCAAGUUUUCGAAAGGGUCAAUCUUAGUCCCCUUGGUUGUGGUGCUUUGGCCGGCAACCCAUUUCGAAUUGAUCGAAACAAAAUCGCUGAGGAGCUUGGUUUUAGCGGAAUAACCUUGAACUCCAUGAACACUUCGGCCGAUCGCGAUUUCCUAAUCGACUUCCUGGUCUGGAACUCGAUCUUCACCAACCACAUUAGCAGGUGGGCUGAGGACCUCAUCAUAUAUUCGACAUCUGAGUUCGGUUUCGUGCGGCUGGCCGACGCCUAUUCUACGGGUAGCUCUUUGAUGCCCAACAAAUUCAACGCGGACUCGUUAGAGCUUCUGCGCGGCAAGUCAGGGCGUGCUUUCGGUCAAAUGGCUGGGUUAAUGAUGGAAGGGUGGGGGCCUAUGCUGGAUUCGGUUCAGACUGUGUCAGAUAGUCUUGGCAUAGCCAACGGGGUUAUUUCUACCCUAAAGGUGCGGCCAGACCGGAUGGAGGCUGCUCUGGACAAAACGAUGCUAGCCACUGAUGUUGCAGAGUGGCUGGUGAGGAAGGGAUGUCCGUUCAGAGAGGCUCACCACAUCUCUGGACGCGUUGUUGCAGAGUCUGAAAAGCUGGAAGUUGCGAUGGAUAAGUUAACCCUUGAGCAACUGCAAGCCAUUGACUCUCGGUUCACAGCAGAAAUUGCGGAGGCAUUCGAAUAUGAGACGAGUGUCGAGGCGAAAACGGCUAAAGGCGGCACCAGUCGAUCAAGCGUGCUGGAGCAGAUCCAGGUUAUCAGGGCUAUGUUGGAUUAG